UAAAAAUGUUCCUCCCGUCUUCUCUUUUGUGUUUGCAAAAAUCUACAAAAGUAGUUUUUCUUGAUUAUAGAUGAAAAACAAUACAUUACAAUGUUAUUUCCAGCUAAACUAAAACAUGUAUGCAGUUGAGCAGGGAGGUUAAUUAUUAGUUAAACACGAGGCCGACCCAGAAGCUGCUUUUCACUUUCACUCUUAAAUGGUUUGGCCGCUGAUGUCAUUCAUUUUGUGUGCUCCAAACGUCUGGUUUGCUCAAGUCCGGUGUACAAAAAAGCAAAGAGGAUAAGAAAAUAAAAGCCUAAGAGAUAUCAGCCUUGUAAAAUAAGCUAGCUGGUUAUAAUAUUAAAGGUUAUUAGUUUGGAUUACGUCCUUCAAUGCCAGUGAGAGAAAAGACGGAGCAUCUCGUCGGAGCAGGAGGGAUCCACUGUCCCGUUGAAGAUUCUGGGUAAGAGAUCGAGAUAAAGAGAAUAUCGUAAACAAUCUUGCUUCUCAGACAAGGAGUGGCAGCAAAUUCAGAGUUCCUGUCAGUUGGUAUAGAAAUGUGUGUGUGUGUGUGUGUGUGUGUGUGUGUGUGUGUGUGUGUGUGUGUGUGUGUGUGUGUGUGUGUGUGUGUGUGUGUGUGUGUGUGUGUGUGUGUGUGUGUGUGUGUGUGAAUGGGGAUCUAAUAUCUCAUCCCCGGGCCCGUCGCCUGGCCUGCACACGAGUCACAAGUUAGCUUCCAUUGUUCAGACAGUAGCAUUUAAGUGAGAACCUGUUUACCCCCAAUGACAGGGUCCCUGAGCAGUGAUGAAUAAACAACAUGGGGAAUUCGUGCUCUGUCCAGAAUAUGAGGGGCAAAACCAAAGGGAAGAAAAAAACUAAUCAAACUAAAGACAAAGAUUCUGACUUAGAGAAAAGUGGAGAAAAUUCCUCACUUGAACAGAAGAAGCCAUCUGUUUCAGAAGAGGAAGGACAUGUAGAGCAAACAACAAGAGAGGAGACUGUAGGUUGUCGAAGAGAAGAAGCAUCUUGUACUGUAGAGAGAGCUGGUCCUUCACAGCAGUGUACAACAGCUGGAGUUAACACAAACAGUCCAUCUGAUCAUCUGUCAGCUACUUUUGAAGAGGAAGCUAAAUGGGUGGACAGCAAAAGGGCAGAUCUUAUUCAGACUGUCUCUUCAGCAAAGUGCAUAGCUGACCAGAUGCGUCAAGAAGGCAUGAUCCAUGGAGAGACUUAUAACCAAAUCUGCACUUUAGCAACAACCCAGGAUCAGAUGAGAGAACUCCUCAGAGUACUUACAACUAACAGGCUCAAAUCAGCGUUUUACAGAAGCCUCAGAGAAACUGAACCAGAAAGUUUUGAAGACGCUUUAAAAAAUGUCAUCAAAAAGAACAAAGAAUAUCUGAGAAAAAAGUGCACGUGGGAGUAUGAAGGCAGUGAAAAAGCCCGUAAGGAGAUGAAAUCGUUGGACCAGAUCUACACAGAACUUCACAUCGUCCGCGGAGAGAGUGAACUUGUCAAUAAACAGCACGAGAUUUGGGAGCUUGAAGAUAAGUUUAGGAAUCAAACAGCAGAGGGCAUCACAAUCAACUGUAAUGACAUUUUUAAAAGUACACCUGAGGAUUACACAACGCCAGAGACUGAUGGUAGAGAGGUGAGAGCCAUCCGAACGGUGAUGACGAAAGGAAUUGCUGGGAUUGGGAAAACCGUCUCUGUGAAGAAAUUCAUCCUCGACUGGGCAGAUGGAAUAGCCAAUCUAGACCUGGACUUUAUUUUCAUGUUUCCGUUUAGGGAGCUAAACCUAGUCAAAGAUAAGGAUUUGAGUCUUGAGAAACUUGUAAAAGAAUUCCACCCGGAGCUUAAAAAUAUAACAGUUGCAAAAAUAUUUGUCAACCACAAGGUUUUGUUCAUUUUUGAUGGCCUUGAUGAAAGCCAAUUUGAACUGAACUUCCGAACAACACAACUGUUGACCGAUCCCACAGAGACGUCUUCAGCAGACACUCUUGUGACCAAUCUGAUCAGGGAACAUCUUGUUCCCUCUGCACUUGUCUGGAUAACUUCAAGACCGGGAGCAGUUCAGCGCAUCCCAAAACAAUACAUCUGUCAGUGGACAGAGGUCGGAGGUUUUGAUGAUCCACAAAAGUCCCAGUACUUCAAGAACAGAGUUAAAGAUCCAAAGAUUGCUGAAAAAAUUAUUAACCACAUUACAAUAUCCCGGAGCUUAUACAUCAUGUGUCACAUCCCCAUCUUUUGCUGGAUUGCCUCAAAAGUUCUCGAGCAUUUGCUUUUAAGAAAAGAAAAUUCUCCACAAGAAACCAUAAAGACACCUACGACUCUUAUUGAAAUGUACACCCACUUCUUUUGCAUUCAGAUGGAGGUAGCUACCGACAAAUAUGGCAGUAAGAGUUACUCAGAUACGGCAGAGAUCCUCAAGUCAAACGAGGAGUUUAUUUUCAAGCUAAGCAGAAUGGCCUUUGAAAAACUGGAAAAGGGGGAAAUCAUAUUCAGCAGUGAUGAUCUAAAGAAGUAUGACAUUAGCAUUGACACAGCUGGAGUCUACUGUGGAUUGUGCACGGCCAUAUUCAAAGAGGAGAGUGUGUUUAACUCAAAGAGCUAUUGCUUUGUGCACCUGACAAUUCAGGAGUAUUUUGCUGCUCUCUUUGUUUACAAGAGUUUUGCAAGCAAAAGGAUCGAUUCUCCAAACCUCAAGGACUUCCUGCUGAUAGGAUCUGAAGAGGAACUCAAAGCCAAGUUGGAGGAACAUCCAGUGGAUCUACCCUUGGAUGAGCUAAUGGAAAUUGCAAUAGCCAAUUCAGCUUUGCGGAAGACAGGAGAGCUGGACAUGUUCCUCAGAUUUCUCAUCGGCAUGUCUCUGAAGUCAACACAAGAACUGCUUCAAGGACUAAUUCAGCAGACAGAGGACCACUCCGAAGUUGUUGAGGAGAUUAGGAAAAGUCUAACUGACAUAGAUUUGUUAGAUUGCUCCGCUGAUAGAUGUCUGAACCUCAUUCACUGCUUGGCUGAACUGAAAGACAGCACCUUGUACGACACUGUGAGGCAGUUUGUGAAUUCCAACCAAGCUCCAGAAACACAACUGUCCCCUGUUCAGUGCUCAGCUUUGGCCGACCUAAUUCUGAUGUCAAAGACACCUCUAGAGGAAUUCAACCCCAAAAAAUACAGACCGACAGUGAAAGGUCUUUUUCGGCUUCUCCCGGCUGUGAGGAACAGCAGAAAACUAAGGUCUCUGUCUUCUGUACAAACACUUCCUGGUCCACCUGCUCCAGCAGCAGCUGCUUUCAUCCAAAGUCAGCACAGCUUGUUGACCUUCCUGCACAUUCACAGUAGGAUCUCAGGUGUAGAUCUUGAUCCCUGGAUUGGUGAAACCAUCUCAUCAGCUUUGUGGAUGCCACGCUCUUUGUUAACUGAACUUCACCUGACAUUAAGUGCUUUCUAUGAAAAAGGUUCAAAGCUGUUGGUGGAUGGACUGGAAAACUCGCACUGUAAACUGGAGGCUCUAAGUUUGUCGGGAUACGGGCUCUCAGGAGAAAUGCAAAAAAGUUUCGCGUCAGCAAUAGAAUCCCUCAUCCCAAACCUAAAAGAGCUAGAAUUGAGUGACAACAUAGUGAAAUGCUCGUUGCUGUCAGUGAUCUCUGCUGGGCUAAGAUGUCCUGGACUGAAGACGCUGAGACUCAACCGAAACCUUCAGAUCACUGAAGUGUGUAAUGAGAUAGCGACAGCCUUCACUGCUCACUCAACGAAUCUACAGGAGCUGGAACUGAGUUACAACACUUUAAAAGAUUCAGACAUGGAGAUCCUCUCGGCCGCCUUAACGAGCACAAAGUGUUCACUGAAAGCACUGAGUCUCAGUCACAACAAACUAUCUGCAAAAGGUUGUGCGACACUGGCAUCAGCACUCAUCUCCAGACAUCCACCUUUGAGAGAACUAGACCUGAGCUGGAAUGACCUGCUCGAUGCUGGAGUGAUGGAGCUCUGUAAUGUGCUGGAGAACCCGUUCUGCCCUUUGGAAACUCUGAGGCUGUCAUUCUGUAAAGUCACAUUUGACGGAUGUUCUCGUCUGGUGCGGGCUCUGGCAUCUGAUCACUGCAGCCUGAAGGAACUGAAUCUGAGCUUUAACCACCUCACGGAAGAAGGAGCCCAGAUGCUGAUGGAAAAACGGGAGGAUUCACGAUGCAGUCUACAAUCUCUCAAUGUGGACCAAAACGAAGAAUGCUGGGUGAACCUGAAGCUACUGCGGCAGUAUGCCUGCAAACUGACGCUGAACCCUAACACAGCAGGAGUCAACGUCGCUUUGAGCAAGGACAACAAAGUAGCAACUUAUGUUCAUGAAAAGCAACUGUAUCCUGAUCAUCCGGAGAGAUUUGAGGGUCCACAGGUGCUGUGUGAAGAAGGCCUGACAAGCCGCCACUACUGGGAGGUUGAUUGUGUCAAUGUGGAUGAGGUGGGCGUGGCAUACAGAAGUAUUCCCAGACAGGGAGACUGUUCAACAGAAUACUCCUUUGGAAAAAAUGAAAAGUCUUGGUGCUGGGAUAGAGAAGGAAAGUUUUACCACAACAAUUCUUGUCACAGUUUUUUGGCGUCACAAACAAAUAACAUAGGGGUGUAUCUGGACUGGCCAGAAGGGAUUUUAUGCUUCUUUGAUGUUUCUUCCGACUCACUGACUCAUCUGUAUACUGUAUGUACAACAUUCACUGAACCACUCCAUCCUGGGUUUGGGGUCCGUUAAUUUCAUGAAUCAGUGUGUCCUAAAAAAAUAAAUAUAGAAUAAAUAAAAUAGAAAACAGUAAAAUAAGACAAUUCAGCUCACUUUGAAAUUGUGGUGCAACGUAACAUACAUUUGAGAAAAAAUGUAAUAAAAUGUGGAUGUGUCGAAUAGUUAUUCAAUAAGAACUUGUUUUGAAUUAACUCUUUGAUGUCAUUAAAAAGAGGACCAACAAUCUUGAGCCCAUUUUAAAGAACCUUUAUAAAAAGUGUCCUCGUUCAGAUUGUGAACGCAUAUUUAUUGGACUGGAGUAAGAAUAUUUUUAGUUUUAUUGUUUUGAGCUGUUGCUUUUAUCGGCAGGACUGUUGAUUGUUUGUGUGCUGGUUUUAUUAAUCUUACUAUUCUUACAGUUGAUCUAACCUUAUAAGUUGAAUUGUUUGAAUUGUCUGUUCCUGACUUUCAUUGUUUGUUUUAAUCAUAUUUUAUUGAUCUUUUUUAUUCUGUUCAUUCUGACUGUCUUUAAGGCGCUUAGUUCAACUCUCAUGCUGUAUUUUAAAAUGUGCUGUACAAAUAAAAUGGUAUGGUAUUUGUAAACAAUCAGCAGAGAUGGCAAACUGGAACGAUAGCAAAAUCUGGGAGCUUAAUGCAUUGUAGCGCUUUGGAGACCUCCGAUUAAAAGACCCCAUACAAGUGUA